AUGCCAGAGGUCCCCUCUCUUCCAGCACACCUCCAAGCCGCGUCCACGUCCCCCUCGGACGCCGCCGCUCUAGAAGCCCUCCACCGUGACCUCCAUGAGCUCCUCUGGAAUCGCCGCAACAAGUACUACACCUGGUGGGGCGACUUCAUCGCUAAGCUCCGACGCAGACAGGCCGUCCUCGACAGCCACCGUCGCGAGCAAUCUCAAACCCGGCACACAGCCGGCACCGGGGCUGGCGCCAACGGCAGAAACACAAGGCGCAGAGUCGCCUAUCCUGUGCUCGACCAGCUGCUCCUCGGGGAGGAGCGUGUGCUGAACACGGUCCGCGGGAUCGUGCUCCGCGCCGAGGCGCUGCUGCGCAUGCGGGACCGGGAUGGGUGUGUUGUUGAUUUCGUCCUGUACGGGCUGAAGAGCCUGGAACGUGCCAUGGAAGGGGUCGAGGUCUUUUGCGAGAGGGACAAGGAGUAUGAGAGGAUGCGGGAUGGCGAGACGGGGACUUGUUGGAGGUAUUUGGAGUUAUUGGAGCUGGAUAAGGACUGA